ACUGCGGUGCAUGGGUGAAAUGAAAUUUUGUGUUGUCAUUCUAACAACAUACGAUUGAAACGAAAGGAUACAAUUUACAGCCGCUUCAUCAGUUUGUUGAUUUGUUAAAAUUUAUUUGCAAGUAAAAAUGGCAUCAUCAUUGUCGCAGAAAUUCCGUGAUUUCCCAGAAUAUCAAGUUGCUGGCGCAAAAGAAGUGAAUUUCAAUCCAUAUGAAUCGAACGGCGGAUCUGUGGUUGCCAUCGCAGGCAAUGAUUUUGCUGUGGUAGCUGGUGAUACCCGGUUGAGCUCGGGAUAUUCCAUUCAUACUCGUCAUCAGAACAAAUUAUUCGGUUUGUCAUCGCAGACGGUGUUAGCAUCGACCGGUUGCUGGUGUGACACUCUUUCGCUCACGGCAUUGGUUCGUUCUCGUAUGCAAAUGUACGAACAUUCGCAUAACAAAACCAUGUCCACAACGGCCGUCGCUCAAAUGUUGUCGAUUUUGAUGUACAAUCGUCGCUUUUUCCCAUACUAUGUGUCCAACAUUUUGGCCGGUUUAGAUGAAAAUGGCGAAGGUGUUGUGUACAGCUACGAUCCCGUUGGACACUGUGAACGGGCCAAAUAUCGGGCCGGCGGAUCGGCUAGUUCAUUGCUUCAACCCGUAUUGGACAAUCAAAUCGGUUUGAAAAAUCAAACAAAUCCAAGCACCGAACCGCUCACCAUGGAACGUGCCGUCGCAAUCAUCAAGGAUACAUUCAUUUCAGCAACUGAACGUGAUAUUUAUACCGGUGAUUCGGUCAUUAUAAAUGUCAUCACUAAGGAUGGUCUCAAAGAAGAGAAGCUGGAAUUGCGCAAAGACUAAAUUUCGAUCUAACGCUUACCGUUGAAAAUUACUUACGAACUCUUCAAACAAGAUCACUAACACUUUACCUUUAAUAAAGCGAAGAUAAAAUGGGAAAAAAAAUAAAUACAUGAAUAAAAAAAACAUUUGAUUUAUUAAAAAAAAAAAAAC